AUGACCCUCUGCUGCUGCCCACCUUGCUGUCAGCCUAGCUGCUGCAGCACCACCUGCUGCAAGAACACCUCUUGCUGUGAAUCCAGCAGCUGCCCUGAUUGCUGCUGCAUACCCUGCUGCCAGUCCAGCUGCUGCAACAUCAAGUCUGUCAGCAACUGCUGCCAGCCCUGCUGCCCACCAGCCUGCUCUGAAAGCACAUGCUGCAAGACCACCUGUUGCAAGCCAACCUGUGUGAGUAUCUGCUGCAGUACACCCUGCUGCCAGCCCUGCUGCUGUGUGCCUACCUGCUGCCAGCCCUGCUGCUGUGUGCCCAGCUGCUGCCAGCCCAGCUCCAUAAAGAUCAGCUGUCAACCAGCUUGCUGUGAAACCAGUUGCUGCAAGAAUACCUGUUGCAAAACAAAUUGUGUGACCAUUGCUUGCAGCCCACCCUGCUGCCAGCCCUGCUGCUGUGAACCCAGCUGCUGCCCGCCCUGCUGCUGUGUGCCCAGCUGCUGCCAGCCCAGCUCCAUAAAGAUCAACUGUCAACCAACUUGCUGUGAAACCACCUGCUGCAAGACCACCUCUUUUCAACCAACCUGUGUGAGCAUCAGCUGCAGCACACCCUGCUGCCAGCCCUGCUGCUGCUGA